AUGACUAAGGAUAUUAACUUGCAACGCCCUCCUUUGAUUACUGCGGAUCCAAAUCGUGGUAGAACUGCAGAUACUACCUCUUCCUCCUCGUCUAAUAGUAGAAAUAACAACAACAAUAGCAGGUCUAGAACAAGGACAAAUUGGAUACGAAGUGCUUCUACAUCUAAUAUUCUCAAAAUACCAAAAAGUUCUCCAUCAAGAACAACUCAAACAAUUUCUGAAAGUCCCAUCAGAAAAGCAAUCAAUCACAUUACUCAACAACCUUCACAACCUAUCGUAAAACCACCUUUGCAUGCCUCGAUCAGUGAGUCAUCAAUAAUGUCUUCAAUACCAGAUCCUCUUGAGACUACCGAUGCUAAUAAUAUCGUGGUAGAUGUAUUACCAUCAUUUGAAAUGUAUAAUACUUUACAUCGUCACAUUCCACAAGGGAAUGUCAAUCCUGAUUUACAUGAUUUUCCACCAAAGUAUUGUGAUGUACAAACUCAAAAUAGAUAUAACCUACAGGUAUCAAAUGCGUCUUCAUCUUCAUCGUCUGCAAUAACUUCAACAUUAUCACAACUGCAACAACAGCAACAGCAACAACAACAUGAUCAUGUAAUGAAUAUACCAUCCAAUCCCCCAAGUACCACCAGUAUCAUCAACAAUUUGCAUCCUUUAACCACUCAGCAUUUAUCUAUCCAGUCAACUCGUCAUACCGAUGAUGAUGAUAUCACAUCUAUUCAAGAUGAUAUCGAUGAAGAUGAAAAUAUUUUUAUUGAUAAAUUAUACACUUUACCAAAGAAACCAACCCCAAUAGAUAUUGAUAUACGAAUUACAAAACAUCCUUCACAUCCACCUGAAAAGCCAGAAGAAGAAUCAAUACUGAAGGAAUACACCACAGGUGAUGUAAUACAUGGUUAUUGUGUCGUUGAAAACAAAUCUACACAACCCCUUAAAUUUGAAAUGUUUUACGUCACAUUAGAAGCAUAUAUUUCGUUAAUCGAUAGACAAAAGGGUAAACGUACAGUUAAAAGAUUCUUAAGAAUGGUUGAUUUAUCUGCAAGUUGGUCAUAUGGUAACAUUUUAACAGGUUCUGGAUUUAAAUUGAUUCCAGAUCAAGAAGAUUUUGAUCAUUCAUUAGUUGGUUUAUCAAAUAGGAGAAUAUUAGAACCAGGUGUAAAGCGUAAGAAAUUCUUUAUGUUUAAAUUUCCAAAGCAAUUACUUGAUGUCACCUGUAAACAAGAACAUUUCGCCCAUUGUCUUUUACCACCGAGUUUUGGUAUUGAUAAAUAUAGAAACAAUUGUAAAUAUUCUGGUAUCAAAGUCAAUAGUGUUCUUGGGUGUGGCCAUCUUGGUUGCAAAGGUUCGCCAAUUUUGACAUAUGAUUUAGUCGAUGAAAAUGUUUCCAUCAACUAUACAAUUGAUGCUAGAAUUGUCGGUAAAGAUCAGAAAACGAAACAGCUGAACAUCAUGAGGGAAAAAGAAUACAAUAUAAGAUAUAUUCCCUUUGGCUUUGAUUCAUCUUUAGUUGGGGAGCGUGAUCCAAAUAAUCAACUUAAGGAUUUAAUGAAAUUAGUAGAUGAGAGGUUAGAAGCCAUUAAGACUGUAUUUAACAGGCUAGAGAAGAAUGAGCCUAUCAAGAAUGAAGAUAUCCAUGGCACAGAUUUGAGUGGUACGAUUGAAAACGAUACUGAAUUAGACUCUAGUGAAAUUCUACGAAAUAAAUUAGAUCAAUUACACAUUAAGAAUAGAACAAGCCAAUCUUAUCAAUUGUCAUCUCAGGAUUUCGAGAAAAAAACAUUUGAACCUAAGACCGAUAUCAUUGAAUCCGAACUAAGUUACAAAUUGAAGAAUAAAAGUAAAUCUGCCACAAAAAGUUUAUUUUCAAGUUUUAGAUCAUCCACUUCGUUGAGUGGGUUGUCAAGCUCUGGCAGCAGUGGCAACAGUAGCGUAACGAACGGUGGUAUAUCUAACAAUACUUCUAAAACUGAAAGAUUCGGAUUAAUUCUUGUUCAAGCAAAAGUUCCUCAUAAGAGUAUUCAAUAUUUAUCUCCAUCAUUAUUGAAAAAGACAAAUAUAGUAGAGGCUAAGACGAAGCAGGCACAAGAGAAUUGGCACGCUCUUUCCGAGACCAUUCCUGCAUCUGAGCGAGAUGCUUUAAAACGAUUGGAUUUGACUCUUACAUGUAUUCAGUCGAAUAAUAGUUCGCCACAUCCACCACCGGAGAUUCAAGCGAUCUCUACUGAAUUAAUUGUUAUUACAGGUAAAUCUGAAAAUUCUAUCCCGAUUAAAUUAAAUUCAAGAGUAUUAAUGGAUGAUGAUAAGUUGGAUUCGAUUAGAAAGACGUUUACAUCAUAUUUGAAUGAGAUUAAAGAUUACAAUGAUGAAUUUCUCGAGAACAAGGAUAGAUUAAAUGAAUUAUACAAUGUGAAUCGUAGUAUUGUCAAUGCACGUGAAUUGAAAUUUACAAAUUUCAUCUCCAGUCAAAUUUAUAAUGAUAUUGAGAGUUUGGCGAAUAUUAAAGUUAAGAUCCAACCUUUAGGUGAUAUAUUUAAGAAGCAGCUUGAUACAUUAAAGGAUGAAGAUGAUCCAUCAUUAGAUUUGACGCCUAUGAAUUCUGGAAGUACCACACCUACAAAGAAGAAGCCUGUGAAGAUAGUUAAUGCAAAAGGUGGACUAGGGACAUCGGCGACGAUCUCUAGAAACUCGAUUUCCAAUCGAUUCAUUGAUCAAAUCAUUCAUCAAUGGGACCAACAGGGUGAACUUCAAUAUGAGAGAAAGAUCAACGUGAAUCUUGAGUUUAAUGCUAAUACGUUAGAGACGUUGGUACCAAGUUUUGAAAGUUGUCUAUGUUGUCGUUUCUAUUGUGUCCGAGUGAAUAUUAAAUUCCAUCAUAUUGGGUCUACUUCCAUUGAUAUUCCUAUCAACGUCAAGAACUUCUGA